UGCUGCAGCCGCCUGGGCAGACCCGGCGAGAGCUGCGGCGGGAGCGGCGGUGAUGGACGGGUCCGGGGAGCAACCCAGAGACGGGGGGCCCACCAGCUCUGAGCAGAUCAUGAAGACAGGGGCCCUUUUACUUCAGGGUUUCAUCCGGGAUCGAGCAGGGAGAAUUGGGGGAGACACAUCCGAGCUGGCCCUGGAGCCCAGGGUGCCCCCGGAUGCAUCCACCAAGAAACUGAGCGAUUGUCUCAAGCGCAUCGGAGAUGAGCUGGACAGUAAUGUGGAACUCCAGAGGAUGAUCGCGGCCGUGGACACAGACUCUCCCCGCGAGGUGUUUUUCCGAGUGGCAUCUGAAAUGUUUUCCGACGGCAACUUCAACUGGGGCCGGGUUGUCGCCCUCUUCUACUUUGCCAGCAAACUGGUGCUCAAGGCCCUGUGCACCAAAGUGCCCGAGCUGAUCAAGACCAUCAUGGGCUGGACCCUGGACUUCCUUCGAGAGCGGCUGCUGGGCUGGAUCCAGGACCAGGGUGGUUGGGACGCCCUCCUCUCCUACUUCGGGACACCCACGUGGCAGACAGUGACCAUCUUUGUGGCGGGAGUGCUCACCGCCUCGCUCACCAUCUGGAAGAACAUGGGCUGAGGCCGGCAGCUGCCUUGGACUGUGUCUUUUCUGCAUAAAUUAUGGCAUUUUUUUCCCAGGAGGGGUGGGGAUUGUGGGUCAGGGGUCUUUUUCUUACUUUUGUAAUU